AUUCAUACGUUUGCGAUUAAAUAUUGCUGCGACGUACGUGUAAAAUAUUUAACAAAAAGACAAAACUUAUUAGCAAAAAAAUUGUUCCCGUUCGAAAUUAACCUCCAGCAGAAUGGACGAAAAAACCGAAGAAGUGACUGGUUCCACCCAGCUUAACAAAAGGUUGAAAAAAAUCCUUGAUGUACGACUUGAGAAUGAUGUAGACACUCUAGAGGCCUUGAAAGAACUCUCAUCUUUCUACAAGGAAAACACAAUUCAGGGAAGAAGAAAUUUCGUCAGUCAGAUUGAAAAACAAAGUCUGUCAAUUAAUGAGGAUUUUUUAAGUGAACUGCGAAAGGUAAAGGAGUCUUUAGAUGGCAUUCGCAGUGAUGUCAUCUCAAUGAACGAUAUGGUUCAAGAGAUGAAAAGUAGCCUGCACAAUACGAAAACCAAAACACACAACCUGAUAGAGCAGACAACCAGAUUAAAGUCUGAGAGUCAAAAGUUGAGUCUACAAAAGGAAGUGGCUGGCGAAUUUUUGAAAACCUUCCAGUUGAAUGCCACAGAACAAGCUCACCUCCGCGGUGAUCAAGAAAAUACCAUUACAAAGGAUUUCUUCCCUGUUUUGGCCCGAGUCAACACUAUCCACCAGAACUGCAAAAUUCUGUUACAAGCAGGUCACCAAACUGCUGCCAUUGAAAUCAUGGAGCAAAUGGCACUUUACCAGGAAAUUGGCCUGGAGCGUCUUUAUCGGUGGACUCUGAAUAACUGCAAAAACAUCGAGUUGCCAGAUGUCAGUCUUCUCCUGGGUGACGCAAUGCUUUGGCUGUUAGAAAGACCUGUCCUCUUUCAAUACGUGUUGGACGAAUAUGCCACUGCAAGAAGAGCAGUUUUAGUUCGUGGAUUCCUAGACGCCUUGACCCUGGGAGGUCCAGGAGGCACGCCAAAGCCAAUCGAAAUGCAUGCCCACGACCCCCAACGCUAUGUCGGAGACAUGCUUGCAUGGCUGCAUCAAGCAAUACCUGUUGAGGCAGAAAAUUUGCAAUCCUUGCUGAAAAAAUGCGACCACUCACUAAUAGGUGCGCAGAUUCAGCAGGCAAUGACCAAUAUCACGGAAGGAGUGUGCCCACCUCUUCAAGUUAGGGUCGAGCAGAUUUUAACCAAUGACGCAGAGGCGACCGUUUUGUAUACAAUCACUAACCUGUUAAGGUUCUACCAAAAAGUCAUUCAAGAGGUUGUGAGUGGUGGCAGUCUCGACAAAAACUUGGAGGAGCUGCACUCAGCUAGUUUUGCAGCCUUCGUACGCACGCUGGAUGGCCAGGUGAGGCGCUUGAGUGACCGCAUUGAACCGCCUUCAAGUGAGCUUACCCCAGUCCUGGGCAUUACGAGGAUCAUGAGUCUCCUCAGGGACGUGUUGGCUGCAACUAGUGUGGCAGAGCAGAGGAAACAAGAUAUUUCUCAGAUUAUCUCCUGUAUUGUGGACCCAUUACUUCUGGUAGUGAAUGAGAGUGCAGUUCGGCUGACUUCCACAGACAUGGCAGUCUACAUGCUCAAUUGCAUUUACCAACUGCAGGCUACAUUAUCACUGUAUGAGUAUGUGGAGGACAGGUUGGAACGGUUACAGGCCCAAUCAGAAGCACAGAUUGACACUCUGACUUCGGAGCAAACAAGCUUUUUGGUUGCCAACCUUAGCCUCAGUCCUAUUUACACAAUCCUUCAAGAACAGGAUAGAAGUCACCUGAGCACAACUCCAGGAAUGGACCCUGCCUCGCUGAAGAAUUUCCUUUCAAAGCUUGACAGUUUCCUGAGCAUGCCAGACAUUCUCCUGCUGCCUCAGAUACGUCAGCUUCAGAGUUCAAACUACCGCAAAGUUGUGCAGAAACGCUCUUCAGAAGUGAUUGCUACCAUCUACAAGCAGCUAUAUGAAGCUGUCCACAAUCCAGCUAACUUGUAUCAAAAUCCUACCAUACUGAUGCCUCGAAAACCUGAGCAGGUUUUAGAGCUGCUAUCACCUCCAUGAAAAUUAUUAUCAACAAUAGAUAAAAAUUGUGAUCACUAUAUAAGCU